UGUUCACCGCCAAUUUCCCUCAACAUCGAUAAGUCUCAGUUCACCACGUGUCACUGAUAUGAACCGACCAGAGUUAUACUCGAAAAACAACACCGUACAGGAAAGGGAAAACAACUAUUUCCUCGACAGAUAUCUGAGUUCGGAAACAUGGAAGGAUGGCGAAUCUAUUUUGGAAAUAGGAAUGGGGGACGGAAAGUACACUGUAGAAACGUUCCGGUUUCGAUUGCCGAAGAAUUUGAAGAGGUAUGUUGGAACUGACGUUUCGGAAGAAAUGGUCCAGUUCGCAAAGAAGAAAUACGGAAUGGUGAAUGAUUUCAAUAUCGAGUUCAGAACCUUGGACGCGGAAGGUGACUCAAUACCAGACGAGUUCAUCAAUCAUUUCGAUCAUGUGGUAUCUUUUUUGUGCUUCCAUUGGAUUGUCAAACCCAGGCGGGCAGCAGAGAACAUAUUCAACAUGUUGAAACCAGGAGGAAAACUUGCGGUUUUUUUUCUGGAAAAGAAUACUGCAGGUGACGUUUUCUUCAAUAUGUCCCAACAUCCCAAAUGGGGGAGUUACGGCUAUGAAAAAUACAUUUCGGACUUCUUGUGGAGUGAUGAUCCGCAGACAGAGUGGGAAAAUGCUUUCGUGGAGGUUGGAUUUGUGAACAUUAGGAAGUUUUCCGAAAAUCGAACAACUUUAUUUCCAGAUGAGAUGCAUUUCAAUGGAUUCAACAUGGCUUUGGAUCCAGUAUUUUCUAAGAUUCCAGAAGAGGACAAGGACUCAUAUUUGAAAGAUUAUUUAGAAGAAGCGCGCAAGGGAAAACUCAAUUUCGUUAGAUUUAAUCCCGAUACGAAAAAAAAGGAAUUUGGGAUGAAUUAUAAGCUUCUAUAUUUCGUAGCUGCAAAACCAGCAUUUUCAAUGAGUUGAUUCAAAAUUCAGUUAGUUACGAAGUAAACUGAUCGUGGUUGAAUUGAUAUAAGACAUUCACACAACUGGGACUUCAGAAUGUCUCUCAACGCAAUGAAUAGAGUUUUGAACUUUCUGAAAUUUUACUUUCAUUGUGAGAUGUAAACAAAGAAAAUGCACUUGUGUAAACGAUUUGAAUACAGUGGUAGGUUGGGUUAGGUCCUCCAUCGCAACCC